AAUCUUGUUAUCAGCAUCUGACUAAUUCAUUAUUGUUUUGUUUUUUGUUUAUUUUUUUACUUGAAUAAAAACAUAAACAGGGGAAUUUUUAAGAUAAACACAUAAAUGGGUUCAAAAGCAAAAUCUUUUCAGGAUUCUUUAAAAAAUAUCGAUAUCGAGGAUUUACAAUAUGUCGAAACAGAUUUAUGUUUUUAUCAACUGGUAUCUUUGGGAUUCCUUUUAUAUGGUGAUGACCGCACACGUAGUCAAUUUAUCUUACAAAGACUUAUAAUUUUAGCACAACAUCCUCCCUCUGGCAAAGGCCUUACGGCUGGAGUAACUUCACUGGCCACCAGUGAUGUAUUAAGAAAUUAUGCCAAAUUAAAUCCUCAGAAUUGGAAAUUACAUAUUGUUGAAGCUUUGGCCAUUAUUAAAGCUAAAAGAGUAUUGCGCAGAUUGGGUUUAUCCUGGCUAGAAAUAUAUCAUAAAUUUUUACCUCAUGUGGCGGAAAUCAGUGUAAACAUACAUCCCCUACUUAAGGCGUUAUAUGUUCUAGCCGAACGCUUAACACCGGAUCAGGCCAAUCAGCUUAUUCAUUAUAUUAAUACAAAAUAUCAAACUGAUACCCAACAUUUACGUUUCUAUGACUGUUCCUAUUUGGAGGUAUUUCUGCUAAACUGGCUAAACAAACGUUUUAUAGCUUUGGGCGAUCGUCAGCUUAAAGGUUGUAAUAUACAACUACUGAUAGAGUAUUUUAAAUUUAAUGAUAUGGCUGGCAUUAAGGAUUUGCUAAUAGAGACCAUAAAUCAAAAUUUAAAAAAUCCUGAAACUGAUAAUGUGGCUUUAGUGAAUAAUAACGAUAGUCAAGAUUCUGGUGUUUAUAUGUCACAGCAAAUGGUUGAUAGUAGUAGAACACUACCUACUGUUGACAAUAAAGAAACAGUUGUCCAGCAGCCCUUAGCACAACAGUCAGACUUUGACAGUACGGAACGUUAUUCAAUAACAAGAAAAAAUGCUGGUUUUAUUUUGAUUAUAAAUCAAAGUAGUUUUUAUAAGGAAACUGAUCCAAAAUAUCGGCAUCUCGUACCAUUUAUGCAUGAUGCCAUAUCUAAACGUAAUGGCACUAAUGUGGAUCGUGAUAAACUAAAGGAAGUUUUUUCCUCAUUCGGUUAUAUACCGUUAUUAUAUGAAAAUCUUACACAUUUAGAAAUAUUACAUCAAAUACGUGAAACUGUUAAGAGAAGUCUACUAAAAGAUUCUAUAAUUAUUUGCAUAUUAUCACACGGCAUGGAAGGGGUUGUUUUCGGUUCAAACAGUGUACCCGUAGCUAUAACAGAAAUUAAGGAAAUCUUAACGAAUGACACAUUAAAAGGAAAACCUAAAAUCUUAAUAAUACAAGCUUGUCAAAGGAACAUAGCUACGGUGGAUACGAAAAGUUCUUCAUCUAUAAGAAAUUUUUCUCCCGAUGCCUAUGCUGAUAUAUUACUGGCCAUGUCUUCCAUGCCGGGUACCGAUGCUAUGCGUCAUACUGAACAUGGCAGUUGGUUUGUGGAUGCUUUGUGUAAAUUUAUACAAAAAUAUGGUGAUGGCAAACAUAUGAUGGAUAUUUUAACUACUGUUAUACGUGACAUUUCCAAGCGUAAAGGUGAUGCAAAUCAAGUUAUGCUGCCUUCAACUAUAAGUACAUUACGUAAAGAUCUUUAUUUGCCAAGUAGGAAGUAAUAUAUGUAGAUAAGGAUAUAAAAAAACUAUUUUUAUAUAUAAAAUAAUAAAGAGAAAUGUUAAAAGAU